GAAGGGCGGGGCUUGGUGUGUGUCUGUCAAAGAUGGCGGCGGAGGUUUCCCAAACAGAGCGCAGCUGGACUCAGAUGUGCACUUUAUAGAAAACAAUGAAGGUUUUAACGUGAUCUAAAGGAUAGUUUACACUUUAAGAACCCGAUAGAACCGGGCCGAGGCCGGAAUGCGACACAAUGAACUCCAGCUGCUGAGAAAACCCAAAGAAAAACAAGAUGGAUCCGGCGCUGCCCGGCUCCGACACUCCCCCAGCCGCCACCGAGCCCCAGCCUCACGGCGCCAGCCCCGGAGACUCCCGCCGCAGACCGGGCUCCGGACCCGGCUCCGGGCCCGGCUCCAGACCCGGGGGACAGCGGCACCGGCGCAGGACAGACCCCGGGGGCAGCGGCAGCAGAGAGGGCAGACGCGCCAGCAGCAGCCGCGGAGGAGAUUUCCUCUGUCCUGUGUUUAAACCGUGCGACAGUCUGAGGCUGAGGUCAGAGGAGAGAGAGGAGACGCGCAGGAGGUGCGAGCAAAAGGGCGUUCUGUCCGACUCCGAGAACGAGGAACCCAUCACCAUCAGAAUCAGACACAUCUCAGCGUUCAUCAGGAAGACGUCCACUGCUUUGUCCAGCGGGGGUCAGAGGAGUCGCAGUUGUUCAGAGCCGGUGGAGGACCGAGGGAAGCUGAGGGUGGUUCUGCAGCCGGCGCUGACCGACCCUAUGGGGGCGUGUCACAGCCUGACCGCAGGGAUCCUCCUCUCGUCUGAAAACAGUCGCUCUGUGUCGGUGCCGAUCGUCCCGCCUCAGCGGCGUUUGGCGUGGAGCGCGGUGGUGCCCGCGCCGGCCGGGCCUCUGAGCCAAUGGGACCGCGGCGCCUCUUCUUCUCUCGGCCAAACGGAGCGCUCGGUGAGCCCGGACAGUAACGACAGUAUCUCUGAGGAGUUAAACCACUUUAAGCCCAUCGUGUGCUCGCCGUGCACGCCGCCCAAACGCCUGAGCGACGGACGCCUGCUCGAGCCGCGCAUCGUCAAGUCUACGCCCAGGAACCUGAGGCAGCUCGGGACCUCCAGCCAGGGGGCGUGGCUGCAGACGAGCGCCGUGGUGAUGCAGAAGUGGAGACAGAUCGAGCUGGAUCGACAGAAGGUUUCCGCGGCGAUGGAGGGAUGCUGCCCCGUCUCCGUGGCGACGCUCACCAGCCCCGUUAAUGACUCCCACGCUGCGCCCAGAAACAGACGCAGACUUUUGUUCGACGCACAGGAACAAGUCCCACUCAAAGUCCCUGCAAUACGCCCCCAGGACCAGAGUCUAGGACUGAGGUUCAAAUCUACCUCCAAAAGGAAACAGAACCCCAAACUGCGCGAGUCUAAGAGGCGGCGCCCAGACGCUAACCCCGAGGCUAACUGCACUGACGCUAACUCCUAUGGGAAACGCAGUGUAAAGGCUAGUGCUACCGUUAGCGCUCAGGAGAGGGCCGACAGAGCCUUAGCACUGCAGCUACAGAGACACUUCGACGGCGUUUCAGACCCGUACUUCCUCCGAUCGGCCAGUCAGAGCGCAGACAGGGGGCGGAGCCUGAGGAGCACCUGGACCAAUCAGAGCGCAGACAGGGGGCGGAGCCUGCGGAGCUCACGGCGUCUCAAACGACAUAAAGACUGAAGCUCCACCUCUGCAGUGUUUCAGGGUUAAAACAGUGAUGUUAGCGUGUACAUUAAAGAGGGGGUAUUAAAUCUUUAAAAUGUUUAGCUUUGUACCAUUGUUCCCUCAUCCUCCCUCCUUAUGGUUAGCAGUACGAGGCUCCGCCCACAAGAGCACAUCACCCAUGACACAAACCGUGCACUAUGACCUGACAAACCUGGUGUGAUGUGCGGUAGUUUCAUUAGUGCGACGCAGCUGAUUGUGUUGUGAUAGUGCUCUGAAGGGGGAGGAGCUUAGCACAGAGAGCAAAAGCUAAACUGAAAACUUAUAGAACAUGUUAAUAGGUUCUUUUGGGCGAAUAUAACAUUUUCAAUAAAAGGAAACAUGGCAGUCUAAAUAUUUUACAGUUAAAACCCCCUCUUUAAUAUUCUAACGUACACGUGGGACGCUGGGGUCAGAGUCACGUACACAGUGUUGGGAAGAAUCUAAAUGUACAGAACACAGGACAUGGAAACAACAGGAAACUGUAAUAUGGGCCGUUUAAUCUUUAAGCAUCAUUUAGACCAGAGUCGUCUCUUAAGUUUAUAAUAAUACAUCAACUCUAAUCUUAUGCUCUGUUUUAGACUCUAGGGGGCGCCCUACUCUUCUGUAUUAUUGCCAAAAACACUGAAAUGAACUCUAAAGGAGGUAAACUCACAAACACAGAGCUGUCGCCGUCCUACCUGAAGGAGCUGGACCACAGUUUGAGAAACACUGCAGUACAAAUACACAAUACUGAAUACUUAAACGUGUAAGACAUGUAUUCUUCCCAGCACUGGAGGUACACGAGACACGGCCCUGAGACCGGCUCUGCCUCGACAGACGGAGCAGGAAGUGACACUUUUAAUUUAAAGACUAAAAUAUGCAAAUGAGCGGGUCACGUGACCUGCAGCAGCCAAUAGAAACCAGCGAUUACAGACAUUCCACAGACGUCUUCCAGAGGAUGAUGGGAAAUGAAGUAUUUACACUCAUGUACGCUUUAAUUUAAUAAACAAACUGUCUUUGA